AUGCAGCCAUCGUCGGACGCUCAGGCUCCAAGUGCCAUUGACUGGUUGCAACCAGGUCCCGCACCAAAGCCCAACCCACCGGGGUCGGGGCUAGUACUUACUACAGCCGGUGGUCCCUCGGCCACUGCCUCUACCACCGCUCCCACGUCGACAUUGCCAGUGAGGCCGGCUGGUACCGUGACCGCAGGAAAGACAGAGAACACGCCCGAAGACUUCGACUUCGAAAUUCACUCUCAUCUCCUGCGCGAGAAGACCGGAAGUUCGCUUCGACGAGCGACCUCCAUGAUCGCAGGGUACGCCAACUCCAACCCUCGCUUGAACCUAACAAGAGGUGCUGAAGCUAGAGCUUACCUCACCGAGCUCCGUCAUAUUUUGCAGCCCUUUGUCGAUGCCCGAUCUGCAAACCAUCGCCUUUUCUUGGAUAUUUUCAACAACGCGGAUGUGAAGGCGGGCAGGAAUUCCACGCUAUCUGCCUUUCACGAUGCUAGCGGACAGGGCAUACAGAACAGAGUUCCCACCGUGUCCGAGCUCCGAGCUUACGUGAGGGAUCACGACUCGAUACCUUACGACCUCAUGAGGGUCAAUUUCUUGCAAGAUUAUAUUCGGAGUCUUGGCGUCGCCCUCGGCGUGAAUGUCAGCGGGCAGUUGCAGAAUCGGUCUGGUCUCUUGCUUGAAAUGCAUGUGCGACGUGAGUCGAUGAGGGAACGAAAUGAGGGCAGGAUGUAG